AUGAUCUGUUAUUGGUUGAAGAUUGAAGAAAGAGCACCACAUGAAGCGAAGGCACUAGCAACAACAACUGCAAAGGUUCAAGUAGUUGUCACCCAACUGUUAGCUCCCCAGUCUUUGCCCUCGGGCUCAGAUCAACUAUCAAUUCCUAGAUCACUAUCGUCCGAUGGUCUGAAAUUGGCACUGGUUUGUGAGGUGGUAGAAUCAAUAUUGGUACACAUCCAUGGCAUCGCUUCUGCAAUGUGGAAGAGAGGCGGCUUAAACGGUUGUAUCCAAGCAGUCAGAUCUUCCCAGUCAGCUUCAUCUUUCACUAGGAAGCCGAGUAGCAUACUUGGAUCCAAGGCUAUCAAUUUCCUCCUUUGA